GAGACCAUGGGGGGAGGAAAUCAUUCGGUGGUGUCUGAGAUUGUGUUGGUGGGACUCACCAGUUCUUUGGAGAUGCAGCUUGUCCUCUUUCUAAUUUUCUCUGUGUUCUAUGUAACAAGUACUUUAGGAAACCUCCUCAUUGUUCUCACAGUGACCUCUGACUCCCAUUUACACUCCCCUAUGUACUUCCUGCUAGCCAACCUCUCCUUUAUUGACGUGUGGGUUUCCUCCAUUACAGCUCCCAAGAUGAUCUCUGAUCUUUUCAAAGAGAGAAAAGUAAUCUCUUUCCAAGGAUGCAUCGCUCAGAUGUUCUUCGUUCAUGCUAUUGGAGGAACUGAGAUGGUUCUGCUCAUUGCCAUGGCCUUUGACCGUUAUGUUGCUAUAUGUAGGCCUCUCCACUACCUGAUCAUCAUGAACUUCAAAACUUGUAUUUCACUCUUGGUUGCUGCCUGGACCAUUGGGGUCAUCCACUCACUCAUCCAAAUUCUAUUUGUUGUAAAUCUACCAUUCUGUGGCCCCAAUAAAAUGGACAGUUUUUACUGUGAUCUUCCUCGAUUUAUUAGGCUUGCCUGCACAGAUACUUACAGACUGGAGCUUGUGGUUACUGCUAAUAGUGGUUUCAUCUCCCUGGGAACAUUUUUCAUUCUGAUUACCUCCUAUAUCUUCAUCUUGGUCACUGUUUGGCAAUGUUCUUCAGGUGACUUGUCCAAGGCCCUCUCUACGCUAUCAGCUCACAUCACAGUGGUGGUGUUAUUUUUUGGCCCAUGUAUUUUUGUGUAUUCAUGGCCAUUUCCCACAGUACCAGUGGAUAAAUUCCUUGCUAUUUUUGAUGUAGUUAUUACUCCAUUUCUGAAUCCUGCCAUCUACAGUUUGAGGAACAAAGAGAUGAAAGUGGCAAUGAGGAGGAUAUUCAGUCAGAUGUUGAGUUUCAGGAAGCUGUUUUAA